AUGGCCCCUGCGCUGCUCCUGGUCCCUGCCGCCUUAGCCUCCUUCAUUCUGGCAUUCGGCACUGGAGUCGAAUUUGUUUGCUUCACAUCUUUGCAACCACUGCUCGGGGGUGCCCAGAAGUUGGGUCCAGAUACUCGACAGGAAUGGUUGACUGCCCUGCAGGACCCUGGCAUCUUGGCAGCUCUAGCUCGGGACCUGGGGCUGCUGCUGCUAUUCGUGGGGCAGCACAGUCUUAUGGCAGCUGAGCCUGUGAAGACAUGGAUGACCCAGCACUUUGGGGUCCUGCAGAGGUCACUCUACGUGGCCUGCACUGCCCUGGCCCUGCAGCCUUUACUCAUGGCCAUAGUAGUGAUGCGUUAUUGGGAGCCAGUGCCAGAGGGUCCAGUCCUAUGGGAAGCACAGUCAGAACCUUGGGUGACAUGGAUACCCCUUCUCUGUUUUGUGGUGCACAUCAUUGCUUGGCUUCUCAUCUUUAGUAUUCUCUUGGUUUUUGACUAUCCUGAGCUCAUGGGCCUCAAACAGGUAUAUUACCAUGUGCUGGGGCUAGGGGAGCCAUUGGCUCUGAAGUCCCCUCGGGCACUGAGACUCUUUGAGCACUUGAGACAUCCAGUGUGUGUGGAACUCCUGACAGUGCUAUGGGCUGUGCCUAGCCUGGGCCUCGACAGAAUUCUUCUGGCUGUCCUGCUCACGCUCUACCUGGGCCUGGCACAUGGGCUAGACCAGCAAGACUUGCGCUAUCUCCGUGCCCAGCUUCAAAGAAAGCUUCAGUUACUUGCUGGGCCCAAUGAUGGAGAUGCUGAGUGAAAUCUAACCCCCUAGGGUAAAACUAUCGUCCCUAGGCUCCAAAGCCCAGUAUGCACUCCUUCUGUCCCUAGAUUCCAAGUUUUGUUCCCUGAAAUCCAGGAGCUAUCCUAGAGAACCUAUCUUCUGGAUUCCAAGUUCCAUUCCUGAACUUGAGAUUUCCAUACCUAUUCCAACUAGAGACACCAUCCCAUGAAGCUUGAGGUGACAUCCUUCUGGAUCCUAGAUGCUUCUUCCCAACUCCCCAACUCUGUCUCUUCUGAAUUCCAAGCUUCCUUCCCUUUGGACUUUAGGAAUGGUUCUCAGGUUAUUGGAAUGUAAAUUCCUGGCUUGGAACCCACACUCAGUUUUAAGAUUUGGUAUCUCUUAAUCUAGGAUCCCACUCCUCUAACUUAAGGACUGCUCAGUUCAAUCCAGAGAGAGGAAUGAGACCCUUGGGGAACACAUUGGUUGUGUCUCAAACAAGAGGUCUCUAUUUUCCCCUCCAAAUUCUAGGGUAAGAAGUUGUCCCUGGCUAGCCCUCUACCACUGAUUCCCAACCCUAUACUCAGGGACCUCUCCUUUUCCUUGAUAUCUUUAACUACCCGUGUUAGAAUAGACCUGAAGUGUUUUCUAGCCUCUAGUUUGAAGUUCCUUUCCUUAGCUCCCUGUUUCUCAUCUUCCAGCCUUUUCCUCAGGAUCUUUGAGGUUCUUUCAAGAGUCCCUCAUCAGUUAGACUCUCCAUGCCUUCACAUCAAAUGUUGGGAGGAUGGGGCAGGGACUUCUCUGCUCCCCACCCCCAGUGAUUUCAUGUUUCCCAGAUAAAAUGUAAGAAGCUGGUAAAUAAAUCCAACCACAAUGUCUUUUAUUCACAUGCC